AUGGCGUGUGGGUUCAUACCCGAGGGAGCUGGGGUCAAGGACAAGCACUCAGACCCCUGGGACCAACAUGACCAGGGGAGGAGAUCACAGCGCAGCGAGACGUUCUCCUCGUCAUGGGUAGAGCAACAGCGGUCCCGGGGCGCAUUCUGGGUGCCAGCGAUGCUGCGCUCUGGCCAGGUACCUAGAACAACUCUGGGACCAGGUCCCGAGCUUGGGAUAGAGAGGAGUACCAAGCUCGAGGGAGACUUCGGAGGGAUACAGAACUGUGGAUCCAGAGUAUGGCCAGGGCGCCGCCACGACGGCAGCACAGGCCGGCGCGGAGCGCUCCCUCCUUUGCGACACCCUCAGAGACCCCGGCGCACGCCUAAAACGAAACCCUCGCGUAGCCUUGUCGUUGGGAAGGGUGGACAGGGGUUAAAUACAGGGAUGAUGUCGGCGGACGAGCCCUCAGCUUGGGUUUGGAGUCACCGUUCUCGCGGGCGGGUCCUACGCCAGCCUGUGCUUGUGCUUGACCCUACGCUCAAAGAAGUUGCAAGGUAG